GAGCGCGGGGCGGGCUGAGCGGAGCGGAGCCAUGGCGGGUCCGCUGUGCCAGGGCUGGGGCCUGGGGGCGGCCCUGCGGAGCCGUGCCGCGCUCCGGCCGCUCGGGCUGCUGGCACCGCCGGCACGGGAGGUGCUGGCACGGCCGGCACGGGGGGUGCUGGGGCCGGCAGCGGGAUCGGGAGCGGCAGCGGGAUCGGGAGAGGCGGCGCUGGAGGAGAACCCCUUCUACGGGAAGUACCGGCACAAGAUCCAGGAGCUGCGGAGGUCCAAUCCAGAUGUGUUUGAAUCCCGUAUGGAAAAAAGAAGUGAAGUGAAAAAGCAGCCUGUGGGACAUUCCAAACAAGGAGAGUUUAUCAGAUGCAUGGAGGAAAAGGCAGAAGGCUUGGGCAGCAAGACAUCAAAGGGAGGAUUCACAAAGGAUAAGACACUUGAUUCAAUUCUUAAUGUUGAGAUGGUGAAAGAAAAAUCAGCAGAGGAGAUAACACAGAUUUGGAAUCAGUAUUUUUCUGCGAAAGACACAGUUUAUGCUGUUAUUCCUGCAGACAAGUUUGAUGUGAUGUGGAAGAGAGCCCAGACGUGUCCAUCGUUUCUGUAUGCACUGCCAAGAAAAGAAGGCUAUGAGUUCUUUGUGGGGCAGUGGUCUGGAACAGAAUUACACUUCACUUCCCUGAUAAAUGUUCAGACCCAGGGUGAAACUGCUCCAAGCCAGUUGGUCUUGUACCAUUAUCCUGAUCUGCAGAAGGAGAAAGGGAUAGUACUAAUGACAGCAGAAAUGGACUCCAAGUUCUUGGUGGUCCAUGAUGCCCAGUGCUUGGCCAGCCAGGUGCAGCUGUUCUACGCCACCGAUCGCUCCGAGACCUACGGGCUAGUGGAGACCUUCAACCACAGAUCCAGUGAAUUCAAAUACAUGUCUGUCAUAGCAGAGCUUGAGCAAAGUGGGCUUGGAAGAGAACUGAGACCAGGGCAGGCUUCUGACAAGUCAUAGAGCCUGGCCUGUGGUGAAAGGAGCCAGCAGAAGCAGGGGGUCCUAGGAGGGGUGGUCCAGAGUCUUCUGUUUUACAGCUUGGAUUUGGCCACAGAAGGAGUCUGCAGACAUCCUGGGAGAGUGACAGUCAAGCCUGUCUGGCACUGAUGCAAGAUGAGGACUUGGGCCAUUUGAACAACAGUAACUAAUUGCUAAAAAAUGGAGCCCAGUACUUCAGUGUAACUUCAUCAGAAAGAGCCAUUUCCCCAGUCUUGUAACUUCCUGCUGCCUGCUGGAUUGUGGAAAUCUGAAAUAAAGUGACAAAAGGGGAGCUAUGUAACGGGCUGUACUGACAUCAGGAAGGAGAUGACAACCAAUGUUUCUUCUCAGUAAAAGCAUUUUAAAUGCCCUCCACCAUUAUAAUUGCAUGGUUCAGUGCUUUUUAAUCUGUGUGGAAUUCAUACAGGCUUUUCCAUCAAGAAGAAAGAAUAGGAGCAAUGGCCUAAGACAGACACCUCUUUGUUUCUUUGUGAAGUUUCUUACACAGAUGUAUAUUGUGGUCUGAGCUUUUCUCAGAAUUAAAAAAAACAGAGUCACUGGAUUUGUUCUGGGAAUUUUCUGCUUCUUAAUUGAUUUAUUAAUUGUAUCCUGUUGUGAUGUUUCUGUAUUUGAGAUGUUGUUUUUGAGCAGUAUGAACAUGGUUUUAUGUUUUUAGUAUAUUUUUAACAGUGUAGAGGAAUCAUUGCCUGUUUUAUAGAAUUAUUUUUUUCUCAGGCUGGCAUCUAGUCAGCCAACUCACAAAUGGCAUUUGAAGGAACAAAAAAUAACUCUUGUUCCCACUUCAGGAAAGGCACUAUCCGUAAUAAAAGAAAGAUGGACUGGCAUAGUGACAGAGAGAGUCACCAGCCAGCUUCUUGUUUGUCAAGUGAAAAAAA